UCUCUCUCUCUCUCUCUCUCUCUCUCUCUCUCAAGUCAUCCUUAUUGCUUUCCUCUUUCUUUUUCUUCUAUGUAUUCAUCGCCAGCUUCUGAGAUUAGGUUUAAUAAUGAAAAUCUUAGAUUAAUGGUAUGUAUCAAGUUAAUUAAUUGGAGUUGAGAGGAGUUAUUAUUAGUAUCUUUAAUUUCUUCAACUUUGGAUUUAUAUAAUUUUCCACCAUCUUCUCUCUCUUUCUACAAAAGGAAGUUUAGAUCAGCUCCUAAAUGCAAAAUACAAAACACUGCUUUUCUUUUUCCUCUUUACCUUUUUUUUCCUUUGCUCAUGUGAUCUAUAAUUGUCAAAUAGCAGGGAAAAAAGAAUAUUAUUUUUAUUUGUUGUUAUCUCGUAUUUGUUAAUAUGUUAGGAGGUUGAAGAAGCAUGGAAGGAAUAUCUGCGAAUUCUUCAUGCACAGCAAGGCCAGUGUUGGAGAAGAAAGCAAGGCCACAAGAGCAAUUGAACUGUCCAAGGUGCAAUUCAACCAACACAAAGUUUUGCUACUAUAACAACUAUAGCCUCACUCAGCCCAGGUACUUCUGCAAGACUUGCAGAAGGUACUGGACUGAGGGAGGCUCUCUUCGGAACGUCCCUGUCGGUGGCGGUUCAAGGAAGAAUAAGAAGAUCAUCUCAUCAUCAGCUUCAUCCUCCUCAUCUUCUCUAUCUUCAUCUUCUGCACCAAAGGUUCCAGAUUUGAACCCACCCAGCCUCGCUGCACAAAACCCUAAUAAUAAAAUGAUGCAAGGAGGAGGGCAUGAUCUCAAUUUAGCUUUUCCAGCUAUGGAGAACUUUCAUCAUCAUGCUUUGUCUGCGUAUGUUGAGAUUCCGAAACUCGAAACCGGAGGAGGAGGAGGAGGAGGUGAUGGAUCUUCUUCUACUGCUGCUGCUGCUCCAAGUUCUCUUUCAGCGAUUGAGUUGCUAAGGUCUUCUGGGAUGGCUGCUCCUAGGGGAGGCUUGAAUAACAUUCCUUAUGUCCAUUCUUCAUUGAUGCCAAAUUCAAAUGCUCUUUACCCUUCUGGGUUUCCCAUGCAAGAGAUUAAGCCCAGUCUUGGGUUUUCUUUGGUUGAUGGGCUUGGAAGUAAUGGUGGGCAAGUAGAGAAUAAUGAUAAUCAUAAUAAUGGGAGGCUCCUGUUCCCUUUUGGAGUUGACCAAAACAACAAACAACAAGCUGGGAACAAUUCAACUGGGUAUUGGACUGGUAUUAUUGGUGAAGGCUCAUCAUGGUAAUUAGUUAUUAAUUAAGAAGAAAAUUAAUGAUGACAAUCAUGCAAUGCAUUCAUCUGAUCUUCUUAAUUAUAUAUAAUCUGCUUGAAAUUGUUCAGAGAGAAGCUAACACAGUAGGAUCGAUAUAUAUGGUUAUUAUUACUUGCUCUUAAUUUGUAUACAUUUUAGCUUUUGUUUAAUUUGCUAUUUCAACAAUGUGAGGAGCUCAUGGAUCUUGGUUUGUUUUUCCUUUCUUGAAAUCUUUUUACAUAGAGAGAUAGAUAGAUAGAAGAAUAGCUGAAUAUAGGUCAUGCUUUAAUUUGCCCGAGGACAUGCAACUUGUAUUCAUGAAUUCUUCUGUCAGAAGUAGAUCAAUCAACUUUAUUGAUGUAUGCUUUCAAAGAUUUGGUCCAAAUGACUUUUGAGUUUUGAUGAUGAUUAA